CCCCGGGCAAUAGGGGAUCAUGGGGCCCCUGUGUCCUUGCCCAAACUCAAAAAAGCCUAUGAAAAAGGUACCAGGGGCAUCUCUGAUCCUGGGCCCUAGGGCAGUGCCCGAGUUUCCAAAUGGUCAGUCCGCCGCUGAACUGUACUGUCUCCCUUUAUUUUGUACAGCUCUGCACAACUGUUGGCACAAUAUAAAUCCUGUUUUAUAAUAAUAAUAAUAAUAAUAAUAAUAAUAAUAAUAAUAUAUUUCUAAUUUUUAUCACCAAUCUUUGCUCUGUCUUUUUCAUACA